AUGGCAGGCGGCGUCGCGCAUCCGUACUAUCCGCGCGACAUCGUGUUGCCUGACUACGUCCCACCAGCGUGGAGCACGGCCGAGCUCUUCGGCGUUUUCGGGGUGGCCGUCGGGGUGAUCUUCACCCUCUCAUGGCUCUUCGCACGCUCAUGUCGCCAUCUAUCAGCGUCGGAGCGGUUCACCUUCAGCUGGUGGGCCAUGACGGGUGCCAUUCACAUGCUCAUGGAGGGAGCAUUUGUCGCCUUCCCCGCCCUCAUCAGCAGCACCAGCAAGGCCUUCCUCCUCGAUGCCUGGAAGGAGUACGCCAUAUCGGAUUCACGAUAUGCCACCCGUGACACCUGCAUUGUCUCUCUCGAGGCAGUCACUGCCUUCAUCGAAGGCCCUGCCUGCAUCCUCAUUCUGUAUGCCAUCGCAGCCAGGAAGCCCUUCAGCAAUCUGCUGCAGUUCACGGUGUCUCUUGGGCAGCUGUACGGAGCAGCUGUGUACUUUGCCACGAGCUACUUGGAAGGCUUUCCCCACUCAGACCCCCAUCCGAUCUACUUUUGGGGCUAUUUUGUUGGCAUGAACGCCAUCUGGAUUCUGGUGCCGUUUCUCAUUCUCUGGCGCUGCUGGGCGCGCAUCAUUUCAGCAGAGGCCUCAAUCAUGCAAGCUUCAAUCAUUCAGCUCGUGAACGCCCUCCAGGCUGCCCUCUCUCCGAGACUUCCCUCGAAGGUUCCUCAUAAGGCGACUCUCUUCGCGCUUUACGUCUCUCAUUUCCUCUCCCGAUGGACCAAUCGCAUGUGGGAAUUCGCGGUGCCGCUCUUUCUCCUAGACUCCUCGUACACUGCCACGUCAGCUUCCUCUUCCUCCUCUACAGUCACCUCCGGUAGUAGCGCCGGAUCAGCCUCUUUGCUCCUCGUGGCGCUUUACGGACUUUCCGAGUCGCUCGCGAUGUCUUUAUUCUCCGUCCCCAUAGGAACGUGGGUGGAUCUUUGUCCGCGUUUACCACUAGCUGCCUUCGCUAUCUCCGCUCAAAAUGCCGCUCUGUUUCUCGCCGCGAUUGCCGUCGCCGCUCUCCUCUACCUCGCCGACUUUCUCGCCGCACCCGCCGCCGCAAGUUCCGCUGGGCCUGAUCUUUUCGCAUGGGUGACCGGAGCAGCCGAAACGGGAGCUGACGUGGCGCUGGUGGCGGCGGUUUGCGUGCUGGGCGCUGCGGCUGCUCUCGCUGGAUUGGCGCGCGGGAUCGCGGUGGAACGUGAUUGGGCAGUGGUGAUUGCGGAUUGGGUUUGCGAGCAGGAAGGUGCUGCGAAUUUGAAAAGGGGAUGUGGGCGGCAGGGGGGAUGGGAGGACAGGGGGCAAGACGAAAGGGAGAGAGGAGGGGGAGUAGUGGAGGUGGUGGUGGGAAAUGAGGAGGAUGCGACUAAAACGCAGGUGCCGUUCGAUAACGGGGAGGCUUGUAGCGAAUCAGCGCGGCGGGAGAGAGAGGAGGGGGGGAGGGACGGGGGGGAAGAGCAUCACUUGCGGACACACGUUGUAGAAGAGAGUGGAGUCAGCGAAGCAGGGGGGGGAGGGGAUGCGGACGCUAAUUGCCGGGACAAGGCAGCGCAGACACAGGAGGUUCUGACUGUGCAGCAGCAGGGGCAGCAGGAGGGGAGGGAGGGACAGCAGAGACAGGAGCAAGAGCAGCAGGGGAGGGAGCAGCGGGAGCGCGUGCGAGCGCGGCUCAACUCCACUCUUCGCACCAUCGACCUGCUCUGCCGCCUGCUCGCCCCGGCCGUCACUGGCGCCCUCAUGGCCGCUGCUGUCUCUGCAUCCACGUCCGCCUCCGCCUUCGCCGCCUCCCCCUCCGCCACUCCCCCUUCCGCUGUUGCAUCUCCAGCGUCGCCCGCACGUCACGAGUUACUGCCCGUGUCGCUGCCGCUCGCCAUGGCAGUGUGGGUCCUCGUGGCCGCUGCUGCAGAGCUGCUGCUGCUGGCGCUUGUCCACUCGCAGGUGCCCGCGCUGGGGGAGAGGCGCAAGGAGAGAGCAGGGGAGGGAAUGGUGGAGGACGAAAGGGCUGGUGAGAGGGAGAGAGAAAGUGAGGGAGGGGAGGAGGAAGAGGUGGAAGAAGAGGAGGACGAGGAAGCGGAGGAGGAAGAGGAGGAGGAGCAAGGGAGAGGGAGAGGGGUGGGGCGUGGAGGGGAUGAUAAGUAUGGAGCGUUGGAUGUUAAGAGUCGAGUGAAAGCACAAGGGGAUAAUGGGAAGGAGCAUGAGGGAGGGGAUGGGCAGAUGCUGGUCCCUUCAGCAGCUAAUCCAACCCCACCUGCUCCCAUCACCCCUUCAGACUCCCCAGCCGCCCCUAUCAUCACCACCACCACUACCACCAGAAGCAGCAGCAGCAGCGAGCCUCCCCUCAUCCCCUCCACCGCCCACAACCCUUCCUUCUUAAACCACCUGCUCUCCUCUCUCCACCACCUCCGCCUCCUCCUCACCUCCUGGCUGACCACCCUUGGAUCCGCCUGGACAGUUUACCUCCGCCAGACCUCCCUCUUCCCCUCCCUCGCCCUUGCCCUUCUCUACCUCACUGUCCUCUCCUUCGGAUCUCUCAUGUGCGCCUAUCUGCACUCCCAAGGCGUCCCUCUCGGUCUCCUAGGCUCGGCAAGCGGAGCCGCGGCUGUCACCGGCGUGCUCGGGGCAACCCUCUUUCCGAGCCUCUGCGCCAGGCUCGGGCCGAGCAGGACGGCCGAGGCUUCCGUGUGGUCCCAGCUGACAUGCCUCCUGCCGUGUGUCGUCGCGGGAUUGGUUCUCCAGUCGUCGGGGCCAAUCCCAGCAGUGCUGCUGAUGGCAGGAGUGGUAUUGUCAAGAGCUCCUCUCUGGGUGUUUGAUCUGUCUGUGCUUCAGAUGGUGCAGGGGGCGGUAGUGGAGGAGGAGAGAGGCGCGGUGGGGGGAGUGCAGGAGUCGUUGCAGCAGGGAAUGCAGCUGGUAGCGCUGGUGCUAGCUGCGGUGAUCAGCAGGCCGAGGGAUUUUUGGGUGCUGACGACGGUGUCGGGAGGGGCUGUGAUGCUGGCUGCGGUGCUGGUGAGUGUGGAUCGUAGGCUGAGGGGAAUCUUGAGACGAAUCAGGAGAGGUGGUUGGCAGAGGCAGGCCGAGGGACUCAUGGGAGUUGACGGCAGGGCUGGGAGUGGCGCAGGUGCAGAUGAGGUUUAG